UUAAAAGAAGUAUUUUAACAAAAGGAUUUUUGUGACGCUAAUCAGUGGAAAAAAGUGAAUAGGGUUCGGAUUCAUAAAAACGACUGCCACGCCACCAAUAUGCUGUACUGCAAACUUUGAAACAACUUUGCUACUUCUGUCGCUCUAUGAUCUUGUUGCAGUGGAUUGAUGAUAUCAAGUUGGCAAACCUGCUCUUAUCGUCAAAAGUUCAAUGUCCACCCCCUUUUGACUUGUUUCACAUCUUUUACGGUUAGGUAUUUAAAACUUUUCAGAAAUUAUGUAGAAUUCCAGCGAAAAUCUCCCCAACCAUGGCCACAGUUAAUCCCGAUAUCCAUCAAAAAUUUCGUAACGUUAAAAAACCCUCCGUCAGACAAGCGGGCGAUGGAAACGAAGUGGAAGUCGAAGUACGCGAAGACGAGGAGCAGUCGGUUAAGCUUCAGGAGAUACUCGAUCUAUUGGUAGCUGCCGGAUACUUUCGGGCACGAAUUAAGGGCCUUUCACCUUUCGAUAAGAUAAUCGGCGGAAUGACUUGGUGUAUCGAAUCGUGCAGUAUUGAUGUAGAUGUCGAUCUGUUAUUCCAAGAGAAUUCCACGAUUGGACAAAAAAUAGCUUUAACUGAAAAGAUCGUCGCGGUCUUGCCAAAGCUCAAUUGCCCGCACAGAAUCGAACCGCACCAAAUUCAAGGCUUAGAUUGUGUUCACAUUUUUCCGGUUGUACAAGUAGGUGAUUACGAAGGGGCAGAAGGGUGGCAUGUAGGAUACUCUAAGCUCGAAUUUGGGCUCUAAAUGUUAAAGUUUAAACUCUGUAUCUAAGUACAUUCUGACUGUACACCUAUUUGUUAAUGACCUAUUCCCCUAAACCCUGUGUUUUUCCCAAAUUGUAAGGGAAAUGAGCCAGUGAGGGGGAUAUGCCUUUUUACUAGCUUACUACAGUAGUUUUUUUCUUAAAGUUUAAGCCAUUCAACAUUAAAUGUGAAUCUGUUUAUGCUUAUGCCUACUUUUAAACAGCUCUGAAAUUAAAAAGGGCUCUGAAAGGCACCCAGAAGGAUCUUGAAAGCUUUCUGAUACUUGCCAGACUCUUUCAGGUGCUUUCCAGGAUCUAGAGAUUAGAAAAGUGACAUAGAAAUUUUUGGGGGCGCAGUGAAGUUAGAAAAAGAUCAGAAAAUGUAGUCAAAGAACAAUUUUGAAAAUAUUGGGGACCUCUCCCAUCAACCUCUACCAAGACCAAUCGAAAUCUGCACAAAAAACUGUAAGGUCAUGUACUUAUAAACGUUAAAAAAUCAA